AUGCGUAUCAUCAAAGUACUUGUAGCCUCACUCUUGCCAGUGGUUGCGGUGCACGCCGCACCCAGCGCCGAGGCGGACAUAUCCCCGCGAGGCCAAUCUUGCUCCGGGGGCCAGUACUGGGACGACAGCGCCAAGUGCUGCAAGUGUCCCAACGGCAAAGAGUGGCAAGACAACAAGUGCAAGCACCCGCCCAUGCCAAAGCCCAACUGCAAGGGCAAUGAGCACGCUUGCUGUGCCAAAGACAAGAAUGAUUGGUGUGCCUAUGAUGAGUCCAAGAAGGAGUGUAGAAACAAUGGAAAGCAUGUUACUUUCUGUGCACAGCCAGGCAAGGAACAAGAAUGGUGUGAUGACUACUGGGGUUAG